AGUGUUAAUUUAAGCAGCAACACUGUAACUAGUUUCAAACCUGCGAAAGGAUAAACAUUGUUUAUUCUACUCUUCAAUUUGCAUAUUAGUUGUGAAUCUUAUAGUGCUUCUAGCUAAAAAUUCUUCCUCUAGUUUAUUGUGCUCGUUAAGUGAAGUAACACCUAAAUCUCGUGUUUAAACAUUACAACCAAACGUAAUAACAACUAUUCGUUGCGAUUACACCGUGCGAACUUUAAAAUUUGUUCAAAUGAGCCUCGAAAUAAUUAACACUGUAGACAAACUGACGCUUUCAGAUCAAAUAGAACAAGAGAAAAUAAGCUUAAAUCUUCUCAGGCAGACAAACUGCAAACUAGAAGAAUCCAUCGACAUUUUAGAGGAUCAGCUGGCUUCAAUUGAAGAUGAAGAUAAUGAAUGGAAGACGAGAUAUUUAAUUCAGAAAGAGAUGAAUGACUACUACAAAAGGGCAUUCUUCUUCUGCGAUCAGCAAAUACCAAAGGCGAAAGCACUUCAACGAACAAUAAACCGUGCUGUUAGAAGGGGCUCAAAAUUAUCUAGCUACAUUGAUCUUGACGAAGAUUCGGUUCAAGAACUUGAGGAUUAUCGUACGUACAUAAUUAAAUUAUGUCGCGAGCUGGAAUCGAGGAUCGAUCAGGAGGGGAAGGCUUAUUACUGGGCUACAGAAAUUCGAAAACGCGCACUCAUUGAAUUAAACUAUACAUAUAUACCAGCACCAGUAAGUAAGCAUCCUGUGGAGAAGAAAGAAGAUGAAAGUGAUAAACUAGUGAGGAAGACACAAAAUCGAACAUUUAAUUCUAAAUAUGGUCUAGGAAGUAAAACAAGUGGAGUGAAGAAACUGCCUCCAAUGCAUUUCUGACCGACAUCGCUGAAAACAUAUAUAAAACUGUGUAUGUUCGAUUAAGUAGAAGAAAUUAAAUAAAUCUUUAGCUUUUUAUUAAACCAAA